AUGAGAGGAUCCCCCCUGUUCCUCUGCCUCUUCUCUGUGUCCUGCUGGAUGAAUUUGAUGCCCACAUCUGGGGACAAAAUCUUCCACUUUGGAGCCUGCAGGGUUUCCAUCAGCAUGACAGAGAUCAGGGCUGGCUUCACAGCAAUUAAAGCCAACAUUCAAUCCAGAGACCCCAUCCGGACCCUGAGCAUCCUGUCCCACCCUCACUCCCUCCACAAGGUCAAGCUCUUCACCUUCUACGUGGACAAGGUUUUCAAGCACUGCAGGACCGAGGACUCGUUUGUGAACAGGAAAAUCAGCAGCAUUGCCAACUCCUUCCUCAGCACGAGGAGGAAGCUCGGGCAGUGUCGUGAGCAGAAUAAUUGCCUGUGUGGGGAGGAAUCCACGGAGAAAUUCAAGCAAAUACUUGCAAACUACGAAGGGCUGAAUGUCACAUCUGCAGCCAUGAAAUCCCUGGGGGAGCUGGACAUCCUCCUGGACUGGAUGGAGAAAUCUCGUUAG